AUGAUUCGGAAUGCGGACGACGUUGAAUACUUGCAGCAGCAGCGACAGCGGACGACGCAGCGUGAAGCCGAGUGCGAAGCGGCGGGCGAGCGACAGAUUGGCAUGGAGCAGAACAGCGCGUGCGCCACGAAGCUGAAGGCUAUUCGGGAUGCCGAAUCGAGCAGCCCUGAGCGACUGUGGAAGAACACAAACAGCAGCAACAACAACAACCACGUCAUUGUGGCGGAUGACAACAAGGACGACGACGACGACGCUGACGGCGGCGGAUGUGGUGGUGCUGUCCAGGAAGACGAGCUGCUGCGGAACGGAGAGGUUGGUGGGCCGCCGCCGCUGUUGCGAUUGGACACCUUGGCGGCGACGGCAGCUGCAGCAACAGCAGCAGCUGCUGCUGCUGUUGCUGCUGCGGCCGCCAACGCCGCCGUGUCGGCACUAGUGGGAGAAGACGAACAACCGUUGGACCUGAGUGUCAAGUCUGCGUCGCCCGUGUCGUCGAAUUCGUCGUUUGAUGCCGAGUUUGCGCGUGCGGAGAAGCCGUGUGUCGUGCGGGCGUUGUUGGUUCCUCCAAUGAAUGGCUCUCGUCAGGCACUGACGACCCCGAGAAAGAGCUCUGCCUUCGAGUUCGACUAUGAGCGGCUCGGAAGUCGAACUGGUGAUUGA